GUCUUCCGCGGAGUGCCCUUGCACGGGCGCGCGCGCCAGGACACAGCGGCAGUGCGUGCGCGCGCCUUCCGCGUCUGAUUGGUUCGCUGACAGUCAGCCAGCGGUGCGAACCGGACUUCAUCAACGGACAGCGAUCGGUAUCAACCCAAACAGCGCUCUGCGGACCGGCUUCUUGUCUCGUUCUGUCGCCGUACAAUUCCUCCGAAAUGAAUCCACUGUGUAGCAGAUGUGACCGAGUGGUGUAUCCCACGGAAAAAGUGAAUUGCCUUGACAAGUACUGGCAUAAAGGAUGCUUUAGCUGUGAAGUCUGUAAGAUGACUCUAAACAUGAAGAACUACAAAGGCUUUGAGAAGAGACCAUACUGUAAUGCACACUAUCCGAAGACGUCGUUCACCAGUGUUGCUGACACUCCCGAGAACCUGCGCCUGAAACAGCAAAGCAAGAUGCAGAGCCAGGUGCUCUACAAGGAGGAAUUUGAGAAGAACAAAGGAAAGGGCUUCAGCGUUGUGGCCGACACACCAGAGCUGCAGAGAAUCAAGAAAACACAAGACCAAAUCAGCAAUAUCAAGUACCAUGAGGAUUUUGAGAAGAGCCGGAUGGGAGGGGAAGGCCCGCCUCUGCACCCACAAUCACCUCAACAAAACACAACUCCAGCAUAUCAGCCCUCUGCAGCAUCUCAUAACUAUCACUAUGAGCCUGAGCCUGCGCCUGCGCCUGUGCGUCAGGCCGCUGCCGCCCCUUUGCCCAGCUCUGGGAAGCGCUACCGAGCGGUGUAUGACUACACCGCAGCUGAUGAGGACGAGGUGUCGUUCAUGGAUGGAGACAUGAUCCUGGAUGUGCAGCAGAUCGACGAGGGCUGGAUGUACGGAAGAGUGGAGCGCACCGGCCAGCAGGGGAUGCUGCCGGCUAACUACGUAGAGGCCAUCUGAACAUGAAUAGAGAAAGGGGGAAGGGAGGAAAAGAAAAAGAGGGGGUUGCGGCAGAAAGACGCAGAUGAUCAGCCGAGUGCCAUCUCACCUGUCAAGAUCUCAUCUUUUUCCUCUUCUUUUCCUGCACUAACUGUCCUAUCAGGGGUCGGCCUCUAUGACCCGCUCGUGAUCCCAAACAAACAUAGUUCAGUACGUAAUCAUACACGGCAACAGCGCAUACACGCACUCGCAUAAAUAGUGAAUGAUUUACUACUUCCACCCAUCUUUUUCUCUCUGUCUAUUGCUUUUGCUGUCUAUCUGUCUGACUGUUUGUCUUAUUAGUAAGUGUUACCUCAGUCCUGGAAAGGUGCUGUCACAAGUGGCGCUUAAGUCUCAACAAGACUCUCAUACACCAACCUUCAAAACACAUGAUCACACGGGCCUCUAAAAAUAUUUAAGGUCUGCUAUAGAGCACUUUGCAGACAUCUCAACACACUUCUCUCAUCAGUUGCUAUGACAAUUUGUGAUCUGGUCCGA